CAGCUUUGCACAGAGGGGCGGGGCGCCACGGGCCAGGGUGACCCGGCGGGUAGAAGCCGGGGAAACCGUGGAGAAGUUCGGAGCAGGGUCUCGUUGGUGUCUGAGCGGCCAUGCUGAGCGCCACGUGCCGCAGGCUCGCCCAGGGGCUGUGGAGGCCGCGCGCAUCGGCUGCUGUCACCCGGAGAUGUCUCCUUGUGCCCGGCGCCAGGUCCUACGCGGACCAGAGCGAGAAGGCUGAGGAGCCCUGCACCUUCCACCCGGCGCUGCUGCAGUUUUUAGUGUGUCCGCUCUCCAAGAAGCCGCUUAGAUAUGAAGCAUCGACAAAUGAACUGAUUAAUGAAGAGUUGGGAAUAGCGUAUCCAAUCAUUGAUGGAAUUCCUAAUAUGAUACCACAGGCUGCAAGAACAACACAUCAAAAUAAGAAGCAAGAAAAAGUUGAGCAGCACUAGACCGUGAUUCUUAAAAACAUAACUAUGGAUUUCUCAUAAUGCCGUGUACCUUUAAAACGGGGGAAGGGCAGUUGGAAUAAACAGUGAUUCUGCCUUG